GCUUUGGAACGUUACCGUCUUCUUGAUGUCAACAAGAUUUUGCUUGGAUGUGUUAAUGGCUGGGAUCUGCUCCGUCAACAGGUGCAUGAUAUGAAGGAUGAACAUCGCAUGGUCCUUAAAGCUUUGGCUGAUCACCACCUUGGAGUCGACACACCUUUGGAAAGCGCUGUUCAACGUGCUCAAUCGAGCACUUCACAAGAUCCUUCGCAAGGUGCAUGGCGGCCGCAUCAACACUGGGGUACUUAAGGAGAACCUCAUCAGUUGCGAUCAUUUGCUCGAACAAGUCAAGAAGAUCAAAGAAGAAUUGACUAAGGAGGCUCAAUGGAGACCUGUAUUCGCUGACAUAUUUCCUUUCGACUUUCGUCAAGUUAUCAAGCAUCGCCGGCGAGCUGGAUUCUCCGCUAUAUGCUCGUCGAGUCGGGCAUCACCUAUGCAGGCCUUACGGAAACAUUCAAGGACAAGAAAGAUGACGGUGUGGUCGAGGUCAUCAAAGAGAACAUCAAAGGCAAGAAUGAAGCCGACGUGGAGGAAGUCAUCAAGCUAAGGAAAGAAUCAACACCUGCGCAGCCAGACAAGCUCGUCCGACGCGGUAGCGGCCGUCGAGCACCCCGCACUCGUUCCCUUUGCACCGCCACGGACUUGGAGAAGCAGCAGCCUGCGUCCAAGAUUGAGCCCGAGGAAAACAACAACGACCCUGUCAAAGUGACUAUGGAUGUUAUUCCCAGCACUCCUGCGGUCCUGUCCGAAGUUUAAAAAGUCCCUCUCUCCUCGACUCGCCUGAAAUUACUUACUGCCUCCCGCCCCACUUCCCUUUUGUUUUUCACUUAACUUGUCUCGUUUUUGAGAAAUUUUAAUCUUUUUUUAAGUUUACAAGUCUUUCACGAAACAAACUUGCUUGUCGCUUUUGGUUAUGCUUUUCUUCUUACCAGAGAUAACACUUGCAAAUUGAUAGAUAUACCAGGGAGCUUUUUGGUAAUUGUUCUAGUCUUCUACUAAAAUCAAUCCAGGGUGUAUAUGUCCGAUGAAAUUGUCUCUGCAGACCUGCAGUGCCUUUGCAGUGCCUUUCAUACUUGUGAGUUGAUCUCAUGGAAUGGAAUACAAAAUACUCUGAGGAAA